CGUGAUUGCUGCUUUUCUCUUUUGAGAAAGUGACCGAAGCCAUAUAUGUAUGUAGUCUUGGCUUGGGUAGAGAGAAUCACAUCAUUUACAUCUUACCAACACCGAUAAUAUUGGCUUGCCCACUUCCGCUCUGGCCAACUGUCUUGUUCCCCACCAAAUCCUCACCUAACACAACCUCAGAACAGACAUUUCCCAUCCAUCUUCCUUUUAAUCAAAACGGACCGAUCAUUCGACCAUGUCUGAACACCAGUACAAAUUUAACGUCACCAUGAGUUGUGGCGGUUGCUCAGGAGCCGUAGAACGGGUACUGAAGAAGUUGCAAGGUGUCAAAUCUUUCGACGUCAGCCUGAAUUCUCAAACUGCCACUGUCGUGACAGAACCGUCUGUGUCGUAUGAUAUUGUCUUGGCUACUAUCAAGAAGACUGGGAAGACAGUCAAUGCCGGAGAAGCAGAUGGGCAAACGAUGGCUGUCUGAAUAGAACUCUUUGUCGACAUGUGGCCACACUUUCAAAGAAUUCAGGUCAAUGAAUCGAUGGAUAGCAAACAGGCAUAUGUUGCUACUGAGGCAGGAAAUUCUUUGAUCUAGUCUCUCUUGAGAUAUUCACUACAGAGCUGCUCAUAAAACCUCUGCUUCUCACAAUCUAAAUCUUUCUCUUACUCCCUUCUGAGGAGGCGAAUGCAAGCGGUUUACCUUCGGUCGCCCUAAGGGUACCUAAUAGACCUGAAUAUUCAAGUACAGGCAUGUUUAUUAUCAUGGGAGUAGUUAAUCAUCACGAUGUCA